AUGAAGGAUAAAAAUCGCACGUCAACUAAUUGUACAAAGACAGCCAAAAAUUCACUAAUAUACGAUAAUAAUAUCCCUAAAAAAUCAGAAAAAUGUGUUAGAAAGAAGAAUAAAAAAGUUAAGUCCAGAUCAAAAUUAAUUUCCAGAUUGAAAGACAAAAAUUUUGGUACUACAAAGAAAAAUAAAAUUAUAUAUGCCGAAUUCAUAUUCAAUGACCCAAGCGAAGAUGAUUUGACUGGGAUACAAAAUUUGAUACUUAACACAAGCAGAUAUUUACCUUGGAAAUCAAAUAUCGACGGACUGUGCCCAUCACUUGAUUUCAUUUCUAAUCUAAUUUCUGAACAGGCGAAUGUUGGAACUAUUCUUAAAACUGAAUCAGGAGAAUUUUCCUGUGUCAUCGGACUACUUUCAGCUCUAAAUUUCAAUCAAUACAAGCAAAUGGACACGAUAAAACUAGCAUUAUUAGAGGAAUGUAAAAAACAUGGAGAUACUGAUGAAUUGGAAAGAAUGUUUAUUAACAAUCAAAUAGGAUUAAUUGUCAAUGAGAGGAUGAUCAAUGCACCACUGGAGCUGGUGGACAAAUUAUUUGCUAAUUUGCUACUCGAUAUCGAGUGGUCACUCAAUUCAGACGUGGUUCCCAAGGAAGAAAUUGGCUAUUAUAAAUACACCCAUUUUCUAUUCAUCACUAGAUUGUUGAAUCUCAAAGGUAAGACGAAUGACAAGUUGGGGUUCGAUGGAUUUUUUUAUAAAUUUGAGGAAAAAGAGUUCUUCAACCAAUCAAAAAUACAUUUCGCUUGGCCCUCAGGAGAUAUGAAUAUUUACAAUAAGAAAUUGUAUCCAGAAUACAAUUUAAUAUUUGUCAUUACAUUUGAAAACUUCCAAGAUGUGAUCAAAAAGUUGUCAGCUAUGGUAAAAUUGGAUCAGAGUAACAGUUAA